AUAUAGUUGAAAAAAGCUCAAGAUCUUACAAAACUUAAUUCAAAUUAAAAUUUUGAUUCCAUUCGUUAUUUUUCAAUAAAUUUCAUUGUGAUAUUGAAUUUAGUAGCAACUAUAUUUACUUUUUUAAAUCAUGUAGCUUUGUUAUUGAAAUCGUUUAUUCAGAACGUGAAGAAAAUGGCAUGCAAAUUAAAAUCGACAUGAAAUUGUUAAACAAAAAUAAAAUGGAUGUGUCAUAAUUUGUACGUGUUGUGUGUGUCAAUCAACUUAUUUUGAAAUGUUCUUGACUCUUUAUAAGAAAUCUUUUUAUCUUUAUCUUUGUUAACACACUUGAAAUGUGCUAAAUGAAAAACAAGAAAAAAAAUAGGCAAUUAUGACGCAAAUCAAAACACAAAUAAGUAAAAAAUAAUCAGUUAAUCUAAUUAUUAUUAAAAACGCAAUUAACCGAAAAAACGGAAGAAAUGAAAGAAUAAAUAUUUUUUAACAAUCAAUAAUUAAAGAGUUUCUGUAAUUAAAUUUAAGAAUUUAAAUUCUUAAAUAGAAUUGUUUUAACUGUUCCACCAAUUAUGUUUCUUACCUUGUACUGUCCGUCAGCAGUAAGAUUGUCAUCUUCUACUGAGGGAACUGUUGCGACUCGAUAAGAGUCGGAUCGGCCCGUCUAUGUCCAUUUUUAAAUGAUGAGAAAACAUCAGCAUGAACAAAGAAUGAAUGUUGUUGUGUUUGUGUGUGAAGCAAUGAUGAUUAAAAAUUUCGGUUUAAUUUCAAUUGUGACGAAAUUUCAUUGAAAGCGAUGUAUGAUGACGGUUUAAAGCACGUGCACAAAAUAUAUAGCCACAAAUAUAAUCAAAUAUGAUGUUGAAAUAUUUAGGCACGUAGAAAAAUGUUAAGGUUUAUUUUUCAAAUAAUAGUCAAUUUCAAAAAAGAAAAACAAAUAAAAAACAAUAUGUUAGAAAUUAGUUCAAAAUCUUUUUUUAUGGUAAAAAUAAAUGUGGAUAUGAAGGUAGGUUAUAGGAAUCUAAAUAUCUUCAAUAUGAAUUUUUUUGCGUCAAUGAUAGAAUUGCUCUCUCUGAGCAUAAUAAACAAAUGCUGAAUAUAUCAAUCCUAAUAAAACAAGGGAGUAUAUUGCGCAAUUUAAUUAACUUCAAUUGAUUUUGAAACAGUUGUAGAUUUAUUAUUUAGUGUAUAUAACUUGUAUGCAGUUAAAUAGAUAUGUAUAUCAAAAUGAAACUCCAUCAUAUCUCUCAAUUUAUUCAGGCAAAUGAUCAUCAGAAAUCUUGGAUUGAGCUAGCACGAAAUAUUAAAAUCAAAACUAAUAUUCCUUAAGUUUUAUUUGUGUAAUGUUAUCACUAAAAUCAUCUAAAAAAAGAUUAUAUUAAGACUCUUCUCAAAACUAACUUGCGAAAAAGAUAAAAAUAAAUGACUGCACUCGUGUUUUUAUAGGUAUGUGAACCAAAAGAAUAUCUCUGGAAACAGAAACCUAUACAAAGUGGCUCCUUAUUGGAAUGAAAAAUUUUUACGAAUGCUGUUGUUCUUGAAAUUCUAUUAAUGCCGGAGUUUUAAAUAUC